CUUAUUACAGCAUUCCUCUGAGCCAAAUAAUUAGUAAGACGUAACACAGUGACCCUCUGAGGAACUGGCUGACAGGCUGGAUGUGACAACUGACAGCAGUGGAUUAAUCAGACUUCUAACAAGCUGAAGACAUGGCUGUGUGUAACUCUACACUGUGCUUGGUCUGGCCUACUUCAAUCCUAUUGUGUAUGUGGCUGUGGAAGGCCAGCUGUGACGUACAAUUUAAAGCAGAGGAGGAGGAGAUUUACCAUUCUGACAAACAGACUACACUGGGAUGGAAUUCUGAACCCCUCAGAGAAUGGAGUGAAAUCCGGCUCAGAGUGGGUACACAGGGUUCAGUUCCUGUGCUCCAAGCUUGUGGAAGACGCACAAUGAGAACUAUUUUAAGCAAGUGGAUGGAGCGUAAAGACGCCCACAAUCUACUGAUGGAUGUUGCUUUUGCCCAAGAACAGGAGCCUGAAUCUGGUCAGCUCAGCCCACUACAAGUUCACCUUUUUGACUCAGACGAACCCAUCACAAGAUUUCAGGAUGGUAGGAAAGUCCUGGACCUCCAGACCUCCAACCCGAUUCCUACCUCAGUCCAUGGUUCACCAGCCAGCUACCUGAACCGCAGUUUGGCUCUGAGCCUGGGCUUGGUCCGGCAAAGAGGCUUCCAGCUCGCCUUCUCCUACUCUGGAACAUGUGUGCUGGUAUCAUCCAUCAGGCUGUACUAUAGGAAGUGCCCUGACAUCGUGGCUCACCUGGCUUUGUUCAAGGGGACGGGGGCCGGCUCGGGUCCCCUGUCAGGUUCCUGCGUGAGCGGAGCUGUGGAGGUUUCUCGGCCUGUCAGUGAGUGUAAUGUGAAUGGAGUAUGGGUUCCACUGCAGGGGGCGUGUACCUGUGAACCUGGGCAUCAAGUCAUGGGUGAAACCUGUCAAGCAUGUUUGAUCGGUUACUACAAACCAGCCAGUAAGAAUGGAGGAUGUCGGUUGUGCCCACCGAACAGCAGGACACAUGGGGAGGGAUCAGAGAGGUGUGACUGUCUGCACGGUUUCAGCCGCCUGCCAACCGACCCUGAUGACCUCGGCUGCACCAAGCCGCCCUCUGCCCCUGUGAAUCUAACAGCCCAUCAUCACAAUGACUCUGUGCUGAUUUUGAUGUGGGACCCUCCUCAUGACUGGGGAGGCAGACAGGAAGUGGUGUAUCGUGCCAAGUGUGAGAAGAAAACGGCGUCUGGCAGUCAGUGGGGGUCAUGCGGGAAUGAUGUGGUCAUCCUGCCAGACUCAGCAGGGCUGACCAACACAUCAGUCAGCAUCACAGGACUGAAUCCACAGUGUGACUACAGACUGUCAGUGCAUGCCUGGAAUGAUGUAUCCACCCUGCAGGGGGCGCCACAUUUAUCCACUGCCACUGUUACUAUUCAUAGAUGGAAAGUUCCUCCUAUGGUGAUCACUGUGACCCUGGGCCAAAACCUCUCAGAGCCUGAAAUAACACCAGCUCCUCAGCACCAGAGCCGGCUCUCCAUAUGGCUGACUAUUGGGGUUUUGUUUGUCAGCUUGCUGCUCAUGGCUGUAAUCCCAAUCGCUGUGUGUUACCUGCGCCGCACCAAACUCAGGCCUGACCAGGAAGUAGAGUUGGUGCCAGUGGACCCUGUAUUUUCCUACCGACGUCUGCAGGAGAUGGAGGCUGGGCCCCCGCAGGCCAACAUGGGGGAAGGUGUGGUCCAGUUGCUGGAGGGGCUCAGUGGCAGGCUGCUGGCCAGUCUUAAAGAGGUCCUUGUGGAGAGAGACAAGCUCACCCUGGGCAAGGAGCUUGGCAGAGGAGAGUUUGGCUCAGUCUAUGAAGGGGUCUAUACAUCAGACGAAGGUGUGGACAUCAAGGUAGCUGUGAAGACCAUGAGAGUUGGAAUCCACAGCCAGGAAGACUUGCAUGAGUUUUUGAGAGAGGCAGAGAUCAUGAAAAACUUUGAUCACGAAAAUGUGGUCAGACUAGUCGGGGUCACUUUACAGAGGGAGCAGGACUCUCCUCUGCCUGUUCCCCUGGUCAUCUUGCCCUACAUGAAACACGGAGACCUGCGACGCUUCCUCAUUGCUACACGCUAUGGCGAUAUUCCUAUGUUUGUGCCUCAUCAGAGUCUCCUGCGCUUCAUGAUUGACAUUGCAGCAGGGAUGGACUAUCUGAGCUCGCAAGGGUUCCUGCACAGAGACCUGGCCGCACGCAACUGCAUGCUGGGUGAUGACCUCAGGGUGUGUGUGGCUGAUUUCGGCUUGUCCAAGAAAAUCUACAGCAGCAAUUAUUAUCGUCAGAAAGUAGCUAUCCGUGUGCCAAUCAAGUGGAUGGCCAUGGAGAGCCUGUCUGAGUCAGUCUACACCGCCAAAAGUGACGUGUGGUCGUUUGGGGUGACCAUGUGGGAGAUUGUGUCCCGGGGAAGGACCCCCUAUCCUGGAGUUCACAACCAUGAGCUGCUGGACCUGCUGCUGUCCGGACACAGGCUCAAACCACCUGAGGACUGUGACCAGGAACUUUAUGAAGUCAUGCGGAGCUGCUGGGACAAGGAUUCGGCCCGCAGGCCCGGCUUCAGGGAACUGUGUGAGACACUGAAAGGUCUUCUGUCGGAGCUGCCGGUUCUGGAGGCCAGCCAGGAGGCCAGCUACAUCAACCUAGGCCUGGAGGUUGCUGCUGCAGCUGCAGCUGCCUCUCAGGAUCCACAGACAGACUCUGGGGGAAGAUGGGAAAAUGUCUACCUGCCCUCUCCCGUGGGUGCUGCUGCAGCCAGAGAUGAGGAUGUGGAAGUAGAUGGCUAUCUUAAGUAUAUAACUGACUCAACAGAUAAAGGGAAUGACAAUCACUAAAAAUAAUUUACAAUAUGUAAUUCUGUAUUAAAGUGAACAUGAACUGUGUGUGUGACAGAGACAGAAAUGUUGUAUGUGUGUAUAGAAUUCUGUCUUUUGAUGUCAUAAUUAUGAUGAUUAUGCAGUAAGUCAAAAUGAUCUAAUAAUUUUCAUUCAAAAGAUCAACAUUUUAAUUUACCAUCUCAUAAUUAAGACUUAUUAUCUAAUAAUUGUAACAUUAAUUUAGACCUAACAGUAUUUUGUGUCAUUCCUAACAUUCAGUUUUUUUUUUUUUUCUGGCACCAAUGGUCGUUUAUGAAACUAUUGUUGCAUUCUUGAGCCUGUAAAUGCUGACUUCCAGGGCUUUAGCUUUGACAGCAAUAUGGAUGAAAUUCACAGUGCGGUAAGAACAUUAUCAAAUGUGGGGUUUGUGUCUGAAAGUUGUAUAAUUAUACUGGAUCAUGACUAAUUCUAAUAGUAAGAUAUUGUGACAGUUUCCAUGUGUUUUUUUAGAAAAGCCCAACAAAAUCUGUUGCAAAGUGAGAUUUAGACUAUAAAAGUACAUAUAUUUAAUUUUUAAUGAUGAGUUUUCAUCUAGAAAAACACAAAAACUUUACUUGAUGGCACAAGUUUAACUUUUUACAUGUGAUUUUAAAUAUUAACAAUGCAGUUGCUUGAAAAAAAUUAAUAAUUAAUAACAUUUACCGUGAAACGGUAUAUUCUGUUAUCUGAAUGCAGGCUUGUGUAUAUUCAAUUCAAUUCAAUUCAAUUGAAAUGGGCUUUAUUGGCAUGGGAGACAGACGUUUACAUUGCUAAAGCAAGUGUAAAAUAUAUAUAUAUAUACAGAUUAGUAAGACAAAUAAAAAUAAAAUAUUA